AUGCUAGGUGUGCUAUGCUAUGCUAUGCUAGCUCCUGCUGCUCCCGCUGCCGCUGCCGCUGCCGCUGCUGCUGGUGGUGGUGCUCCCGCCGACGGAGCCGCGCGCGACGGACACGAGGUGGUAGAUGCCGAAGGCGAUGAGGGCGAGGACGAAGAAGAGGAUGAUGAUUAUGAUGGCGAUGACGUCGUUUUGCUUGACCAUUUUGGGGGAUGGGGGGGAGAGAGGAUAGGAUAG